AUGGAAGAAUCAUAUCGAACUAAGCAUAGAAAACUCAAUCGGAAACGUGAAAAGUCCUCAAACACAAUUCUUUCAAUAUCAAGCAACUCUGAUAACUCCUUCCCAGACCUCAGAGCAAGCUCAAACCAAGGAGCUCUACCCCCUUCAUCAAACGCGACUACUCUUUCUGAGCGUAGUGAGCUAGCAAAAAUAGCAAAAGAGCUUAAAGAAGAUUCAAAAAACCAGUCACCGAUUCAAAUAUCAGAUAGUGAUAGUGAAAUCUCAGUGAGUUUCUCAAGCAGCCAUAUCCAUCAUAACAAAGAAUCUGAAAAAAGUGUGCUAAAAAACCAAACAGAAGAGCUUAAUCAAAGAAUCAAACAUAGCCUCCAAGAAUUAAGAAAAGAAGCAAAUCUCUAUAUGGACAGCAGCCAUAGAGCUCUUCAAGAAUUUUCAACAGUUACAAAAAGAAUGAAAGAAAGCGUCAUUUCAUGCCAAUCUGAUGGAGGAAGAUCCAGCUCCCCUGCUUCUGCUGAUAAGCACUUUAAAAGCUCAUUUGCGUGCAAUUAUUCUCCAGAGUCUUUUAUUCAUGAACAAAUAAAAAGUCUGCAAAAAGAUAUAUAGAACUUUCUCUUCAAUAGCGCGAAAAGACGUGCAUCCUGGUUUAACUAAAAGGUCUUUGGACAAUGAAAAUCUGCUAUUCCUUCUCCAUAAGAGAGGGGGAAAUAAUGAAAAUGAAGAUUUCUGUCCGAUCCAGUUUCGAGAACUGGAAGGGAUUAUUUUGUCCUAAAUUAAGAAUACCUGAGUUAUUGUGAGAUUUUGAUUUCCUACAAAAUUUUUUAAUUUUAAUGUAUUUUGGUUCGUCAAAUGGUUUUGACGAGUUAAUUCUGGCAGGCACGUGAAAUGAAAAAAAUAAUUAAUUGCCAUAAUUUUUUAAUUUUCUGAUGUUAAAGAUGAUCAGAAAUUUUAAUAAAUGGCACAGGAUCAAAAAAACGAGAUUAAAGAUUAGUGAAAGCAAGCAUAUAUUUUCUAGCUAUAAGACGCCCAGAUAUUUGCUAAUAAAAUAAUAAGAAUUCUAAUAAAUAACUUUUAUAUUUCUCAAAAUUAAUUUUUUUAUUUAAAUUUCGCUAUUUGAUGCCAUUGUUUUCUCUUUCUGAAUUUGAACCCAAAUUCAUUUUUGAACAUUUUUUGUUCGUUUAAGUGCCAUCUUGAUUUGCACGCUAUAUAAAAAAAUUAAAAUUCUUAAGUCACCAUUUGCGUUUUCAUUGAAAGUAUGAUAUUUGAGAUUUAAAAUAAGCUAUUUGGUGCCUUUAUUUUCCGCUUUCUGGACUCGAGCACAAAUUCAUUUUUGAACAUUUUUUGCUAGUUUAAGCCGCCAUCUUGAUUUUGUACGCUAUGUAAAAAAUUAAAACUCUUAAGUCACCACUUGCGGUUUCAUUCAAAACUUGAUAUUUGAAAAACUAAAAUAAGCUAUUUGGUAUCUUUAUUUUCCGCUUUUUGGACUCGAGCACAAAUUCAUUUUGAACAUUUUUUUGUUUCGUUUAAGUGCCAUCUUGAUUUGCACGCUAUAUAAAAAAAAAUUUAAAACUCUUAAGUCGCCACUUGCGGUUUCAUUCCAAACUUGGCAUUUGAGAUUUAAAAUAAGCUAUUUGGUACCUUUAUUUUCCGCUUUUUGGACUCGAGCACAAAUUCAUUGUUUAAAAUUUUUUGUUCGUUUAAAGCCGCCAUCUUGAUUUUGUGCGCUAUAUAAAAAAAUUAAAAACUCUUAAGUCACCACUUGCGGUUUUAUUGUGAACUUGAUAUUUGAGAUUUAAAAUAAGCUAGUUGACAUCUCUAUUUUCCGCUUUCUGGACUCGAGCACAAAUUUAUUUUUGAACAUUUUUGUUCAUUUAAGCCGCCAUCUUGAUUUUGUAAAUUUUCUGAUCAUCCUUUACAUCAGAAAAUUAAAAAAUAAUGGCAAUUUUUUAUUAUUUAUUUCAAGUACUAACCAGAAUUGACUCGUCAAAAAACUAUUUGACGAACCAAAAUACAUUGAAAUUAAAAAAUUUUACAAGAAUCAAAAUUCCACAAUAGCUCAGGUAUUCAUAAUUCAGACCAAAAAAAUUCCUUCAAGUUCUCUAGACUGGAUCGGGCAGAACUUUUCACUUUUACUAUUUGCCUCUCUUAUGGAGAAGGAAAAGCUAAUUUUCAUGGUCCAAAGACCUUUUAGUCAAACUAAGAUGCACGUCUUUUCGCGCUAUUGAAGAGAAAGUUCUAUAUUCAGCUUAUGCAGAUUAGGCUGACAGAAAGCGAGCUUGCGUUACACAAUAAAGGCCAAGAAAAUGAUCAAUUGAAAGAAUUGCUGAAAUCAAUAGAGCAAAGAGUAAACAUGAACAGAGAGCUGAUAAUGGAAACUGAAGAAAAGCGCCAGGGGUGCACCGGAAAGUGCCAAAUAAUGUAG